GGCACAUCCGCCUCACGAGACAAGACAAGACAAGCUGGAGAGGGAUGUGGGAAUUGGCACAGCUUCCAUUAGAACUACAAGAGAGGGCUGCACCACUUCUGUGCCAAGAGGCUGUCCUAUACUGACGCUCAAAAACACUCAGUGAGACAAAUCAGGAAAAGGAGGCUGUUGUUUGCUCGUGGGGGACUGGACUGAAGGGCGUAACACACUCUAACAUCACUGGUGUCUGGAUGCUCUGGCACAAUGGCUGUCCUCAAGCUCUUCCCCACAGAUUACACCUUGGCUCUAUCGCUGCUGGCUCUCUUUCUCUACCUGGUCGUGUCCCUAAUUCGGCGGAGAGUUCCCAGGAAUUUCCCUCCUGGACCGACUCCGCUCCCUCUGAUCGGAAACUUGCACCAACUGGACCUCAGGAAGCUGGACUGGUCUCUCAUGGGGCUUGCAGAGAAAUAUGGAAGUGUAUUUUCAGUGGAGCUCGGCCCAUCGAAGGCAGUGGUGUUGACUGGUUACGAUGCAGUGAAAGACGCUCUUGUGAAUCACGCUGAUCAAUUCAGUGGGAGGCCGCACUUACCGAUAUUUGACACAGUUUCAUUCCGAAGCGGCGUGAUAUUCAGUAACGGGAAGUUGUGGCGGGAGAACCGAAAGUUUGUGAUCUCAGCUCUCCGAGGAUUUGGCAUGGGCAAGAAAUCCGUUGAAGACAGGAUCAGUGAAGAGGCCAGCUUUCUUGUCAAUGUGUUUGAGAGUCACAAGGGUCAGCCUUUUGAAACUGCACAGAUUAUGUAUUUGGCUGUGAGCAAUAUCAUCUGUUCCAUCAUAUUUGGAGACCGUUUUGAUUAUAACAAUGAAGUAUUUAUCCAUCUAACAAGCAUGGUUAAUGAGAACACGAGACUGUUGGGAACAGCUCCAAUCCAUCUGUACAAUUCUUACCCAACUCUGGGAUUUCUGAUUCCGAGCCUCAGGAAGAUUAUUCAAAAUGUUAUGAAGAUGCAUGAAAUCUUUGAAGGUUGCUUCAAAGCUGCCAAAGAGACGCUGAGCGAGAACAGCAUCCAGACAUUCAGCGAGGCCUUAAUUCUGAGGCAUCAGCAGGAGCUGGGAGGUGAAGAUUUAGAGAGUAAGAAAAAGGAUAUCGUGGUUACAAUCACUGACCUGUUUGCUGCUGGCACAGAGACUACCUCCACUACCCUCUGCUGGGGACUUCUUCUGAUGGUAAACCACCCAGAAAUCCAGAGGAAAGUCCAAGAUGAAAUUGAUCGGGUGAUAGGAGCUGGUCGAUUCCCGAGGACAGAAGACCAGAGACACAUGCCCUACACUGAGGCUGUGAUUCACGAGAUCCAGAGGUUUGCCAACAUUGUCCCGAUCCUUCCUCAUUCGACAACCGAGGACACGCAUUUCAGAGGGUAUUUCCUUCCAAAGGGAACGUACGUUAUUCCUUUACUGACUUCGGUGCUGUACGAUAAAACCCAAUGGGAAAAGCCCCACCAGUUUAACCCGGCUCACUUCCUGGAUGCUGAUGGGAAUUUUGUGAAGAGAGACGCCUUCAUGCCUUUCUCUGCAGGUCGGAGGGUGUGUGCUGGUGAGGCACUGGCUAAAGUGGAGCUUUUCCUGUUCUUCACCACCCUGCUGCAGAAGUUCCACUUCCAGGCCCCACCAGGUGUGACCGACCUGGACACCAGCCCGGGAAUCGGCUUAGUGUCCAACCCGAAACCCCACCGGGUUUGUGCUGUGUCUCGCUGAUGGGACCCAGCGACAGGCCCAGUCGGUCUUUCACUGCUGGGUUUAUAAAGGAGGGAGCUGCAGCACAAAGUGUGAGGCAGCACCAGAACCGGGUUACCCUGUCUCUAUCUGACAUGGGACACAAUCAUUUACUCUUCGUACAGAUCUGUAUCGUCCCACCUUCACUUCUGUAACGAUAAUGUUUCCAGGGAAUCAACUGAGAAUGUCCUCCCAUUACAAAAGGAGGCAGACAUUUCAUUGAGGGUUUGAAUGCUCUUUGCAAAUUAACUCAGACCCCAUUCCAAACCUGUGUGACUGAUUCAUUUUGAGGAGAAUCCUUGCUUUUUGGAGCAUUACAUUCAUUGAGUUAUUUGAACUGAUGCAUUGCAAUGACUGAAUGUUUAAGCCAUGUUCCUGAAUCUUGCAAUAAUUCACAUUUCUCUCUGAAUUGUUUGUUUGGCAGGUUUCACACAGCCCAGUCAGACUGGUCGGUCUAGUUCCAUAGAAACUUAAUUGUGUAAAAACUAUCAGAUUAAUAUGAAUACCUGAAUGGUUUAACCAUGUUCGCUAUUAGAGUCAUACAGUCAUAGAGAUGUACAGCACUGAAACAGGCCCUUCAGUCCACCUUGUCCAUGCUAACCAUGCUAUCCCAACCUAAUCUAGUACCUUUUCCCAGUAACCGGCCCAUAUCCCUCCAAACCCUUCCUAUUCAUACACCCAUCCAGAUGCCUUUUAAAUGUUGUAGUUGUUCCAACCUCCACCACUUCCUCUGGCAGCUCAUUCCAUACACUCAACAGUCUCUAUGUGAAAAAAUUGUCCCUCAAGUCCCUUUUAAAUCUUACCCUCUGACAGUAAACCUAAACCCCUCGUGAUUUAGACUCCCUACCUUGCCUAAACAACAUUGGAUGUUCACCCUCUUCAUAUCCUUCAUGGUUUUUGUAAACCCCUAGAAGGUCACCCCUCAGCCUCCGACACUCCAGGGAAAACAGCCCCAGCCUAUUCAGCCUCUCCCUGAAGCUCAAAUCCUCCAACUCUGGCAACAUCCUUGUAAAUCUUUUCUGAACCCUUUCAAGUUCCUAUAGCAGGGAGACCAGAACUGAACACAGUUUUCCAAAAGGGCCCUAACCAAGCUCCUGUACAACCACAACAUGACCUCCAACGCCUAGACUGAAGUGAAUUGUUCAUCUGCGACAGCCCAUUUUGCUCUCUGUAAUAAUUGAGGAGUCACAGCUGGAAAGGAAAAUUGUUUCUUAUUGGACACCAAAAUAGAGCCACUACUUGUUUUGUAUAUGAGGUAGUCCCAGCCUGGGGCAGACAAUUCUGUUGACCCACCCCUGAGUCUGCAGCAUGAUGGUCCUGUGGUUAGCACUGCUGCCUCACAGCACCAGGGACCCGGGUUCGAUCCCAGCCUCGGGCGAUUGUCUGUGUGGAAUUUGCACAGUCUCCCUGUGUCUGUGUGGGUUUC